CCAGAGUUGAUUUCCCGUCGAAUCUGCGAAGCAUCGUGGACUGCUCCGUGGAUCUGCGGAACAGUCUGCCAUGUGCUGCAGGCUCGACAGGGAAGUCAAUUUUUUUGGGGUAAGCCAAUUCUGCAGUCGACCCCGAUUCGAGGUGGACGCUCUUCGACAUGCCCAUGGAGACGGAUCACGCAUCAAUCAUCUUCAACGUCGAGGAGACAACUCUGGGAAAAGAGCCGUUCAAGAUCUUGUUCGAGCUUCUCGAUGAAAGUUUGGCACAGGCGCUGUCGGUGUGCCUGUUGUCGGUGGUGGCCAUGCAGCAUAUACGGUCCGUGAUCAGCAAUUGGACGUUCCCGGAGUGGCAUGUCCUGCAUCUGCAGCUGUUCGGCAUCUUCCUUCUGUACGCCUUGAUCCCUUGCUUUGUGAACCCAGACCAUGAGUUGGGCGAGACUCCAGAAGGAGGUCGGUCGCCGCUGACGAAUCGGCUCGCCGGUGCUGCCGCCGCCUUCUUGGAGGGCUUCGGGGCGCUGCUCAUCGUGAUCGCCGUGCCCCGGCGCCUCGUCUGCUUCCGGUCGAAGCGUCGCGCCGCGGGGGCUUCCGCGUCGCGUCGCGCCUCUGUCAGUUCCGCUCCAAGCGUCGAUGGGCUGGCCGAGGUCAAGGUGGAGACGGAGAUGGGGAGCAGCACGAAGCCCCUCUUGGACAGCACCCAGGAGCCCGACGCACUUAGUCCACCCAACGACCCGCCCGCCCGCGACCCCCACGACUGCCUCGUCGUCUUCUUCGGCUGCCUCGCGGCCCUCCUGCUUCUGCUGGUGCGCCCGCUUUUGGAGGUAGUGCCCGUCGGAAACGAGCUCUCGGUGGAAGUGGCGGCUGUCAGAUUCGCCAUCUUGCCCGUCGGGCUCGCGCUCUCGCUGUUCGCCGGGGUAGAGGUCAGGCGACAGGCUAACACGAAUUUGGACGGGUUUGGUUUCCUCUUCAAGUACGCAAGGGCGGCCCACUUCGUCUUCGCGGCCUUCUUCACAAGGGCGAUGUUCAGGUAUGCGGGUGUAUUGAAGAUGUACCCUGGUGUCCCCUUCGCGGCUCGCGUGAUCACCAAUGCCAUGGCAUUCAUGGCGUGCUUCGUCGUAACACAGUGCGUGAAUCCCGCAGAGGACGAGGUGGUCAUCGCGAGCCUGGAUAGGCAGGCCGACAUCUUGAGCCAGGCCCAGGUCGCCUCUUACCAGAACGUUGCCACUUUCCUCGCUGCGACGAGGAGUAACGACAGAACGGCAUGUGGCCGCUUGUUGGAGGCGGACUGGAGGGUUUCUCCGAAGGGCUUAUGCGACCCGUGCUCCUCCUCCUCCUCCUCCUUCCGUAGCCAUUUUGGCUCAAGCCGUUCUGGCACACAAGUCUUUGUGCUUGAUACUGCU